AAACAAAUCAGUAGUUGAAUCUUGUACAAAAUUCAGUUCAUUCAAGACCUUCCUCAACCAUAUGGCCUGAUUUGUAGCUGCAUUGGUUGCAACUUUUUCUGCUUCUGCAGUUGAUUAUGCUACAAUGGUCUGCUUGUGAGAGUUCCGAGAAAAAACACCAUUGCCAAAAGAGAAAGAAUAUCUACAACUGCUUCUGGAAUCCUUCAUGCUCCCUACCCAGUCACUAUCAGAAUAUCCAAUCAGCUUUAGCUUCUUCAUUCUGCAAAAAUAAUUUCCACAACUCAUAUUGCCUUUCACGUAUCUAAGGAUACGUUUUGCUGCUAUGAGACGAACAUCAGUAGGCUGCUGCAUGAAUCUUGACAGUAGGCUCACUAAAUACAUCAGCUCUGGUCGAGUGGAACAGAUAUACGAUAAGCUUCCAAUCAGACUUCUGAAACUAGUAGGAUCCUUCAGUGGACAAGCUUCAUUAGCAGAAAUCUUUUGAUUCGCAACAAAAGGAGUAGCAAUUGAAUUACAAUCAAUCAGAAAACAAUACUAUUGAAGACGAGGCCAAUCCUACAGCAUACCAUCAGAGACAUGUUGAGCAAGCUUCUUCCAGUUACUUGUAUUAAGGUGGCAGACUUGGGUUGUGCUUCAGGUCCCAUCACCUUCUUCACCAUAUCUCAAAUUAUUGACACCAUCACCGGGAUAUGCCAACAUGCACACUGCAAAUCACCAGAGUUUCAAGUGUUUCUGAAUGAUCUUCCAAGAAACGACUUCAACACUGUUUUUAGGUCUGUUCCUGCUUUUUGUGCUAGGCUUAAGGAAGAGAAGGGAGACAUGAUGGGGUCUUGUUUCAUAUCAGGAAUACCAGGUUCCUUUUAUGAAAGACUCUUUCCAAGCGGGAGCUUACACUUUGUACAUUCUUCAUAUGGUGUUCAUUGGCUCUCAAAGAUCCCAGGAAGGGUUGAAAAUAAUAAGGGGAAUAUAUACAUGGCAAAGUCAAGCCCUCCCAGUGUACUCAAAGCUUACUCUGAUCAAUUUCAAAAGGACUUCUCCAACUUUCUACGCUUACGUUCCGAAGAAAUAAUAUGUGGAGGGCGAAUGGUUCUUACUAUGGUUGGUAGGAGCAUUGCAAACCCCACAAGCAAAGAUUGUUGUUGCUUAUGGGAACUAUUAACCAAAUCACUCUUUGAUUUAGUGGCCGAGGGACUCAUAGAAGAGUCUGAUGUGGACUCAUUCAAUAUGCCUUGCUAUAACCCUUGUCAAGAAGAAGUGCUGGAAAUCGUUGAAAAGGAAGGGUCUUUCGAUCUUGAUAAGCUAGAAAAGUUUGGAGUCAAUUGGGAUCCUGAAGACGACGUUUGUAAUAAAAACUUUGUAUUCAACAAGUAUAAGAGUGGGCAAAAUGUUGCCAAUUGCAUAAGAGCUAUUACUGAACCCCUGCUUGCUAGUCAUUUUGGAGAGACCAUAAUUCACAAUUUGUUCACCAGAUAUGCACAACAUGUGGCUGAGCAUCUAUCCAUUGAGAAAACCAAGUUCGUUAAUAUAGUCAUUUCAAUGACUAGGAAACAAUUGGCCACACCUGAUGCUUUAGCUGACUAACGAUCGAGGGUUGAAUUCUAGAUAUUAUAUAUAUAUAUAUAAUCUUCCUUAUGUUAUUGCCUAAGACUUUAUGGGCAUUUGGCUGUCAUUGUGCUGUAUUUGAUUUACGACGAACAUUGAGAACUUCA